AUGAAGGAGCCGGGCGUCCGGGAGUACGCUCGUGAGAACUACUCCGACAAGUUCUCCCUUCUGGUAGAAGUCGGUGCAAGGCACAUGACCGGGCAGAUUGACGUGCCCAUGCUCAUGCGCGCUGCCAUCGCGAACAACCACUAUGAGAUACCUGGCGAAGCAGGGCCUUUGAGGUAUCAGUCUCCAAAGCUGACCCGGGAAUGGAUUCCAGGGCGCGGUCGGGGCAUGAUUGCUUCAGAAGACAUCGCGGCAGGUGAGCUUUUGAUUUGCGAGCGGCCAAUGGAUCUCGUGCGACCGGGAGACAGCGAUUGGGCUUACGGAGCAAAUUUGGAGGAGGUGUUGACGCAGCGCUUGACCGCAAGGUGCCUCAACGAGGCGCAGCUGAUGGAAGACGUUUGCACACUUUUUGAUGGCCAGGAUCCUGCUGGUCCAGGUUGGGUGCCCCAUUCUUGGCAGACCGAGGACUUUGCGGUGCCGAUGCCUAGGGGUGCUGGCACUCCGGUGCUGGAGCAUCGUUUGGGCAGAGCCUUCUCGCAAUAG